CCAAGAGGCGGAUGGGUGACUUUCCACGUUGCUUUGUGAGGAGGAGAUGAUGAAGAAUUUCGGCAGCAGUCCCCCUCACAACAACAGCAACAGCAGCCACCACCAGACUCCCAACCACAUCAGAGAGCGACACCACCGAAAGCAGGGCUUGCUCUGCGCUCUACCGUGGCGCUUCUCCCUGCGAGGUUAUGGUUUCUGCAUGGCUGCGCUCUUCCUCUUCUGCUUCGGCUCGCUUUUUUACCAGCUGAACGGCGGGGCUCCAAGAAUACUGCUGGACAUCAGGCAGUAUCUCGGGGAAUCCACGUAUCUGAGUGACCACGGCCCCCCUGCUCAGAAAGUGCUCCCGUUUCCAAGCCAGGUGGUUUAUAACCGUGUGGGGAAGUGCGGCAGCCGGACUGUGGUCAUCCUGCUGAGGCUGUUGGCCGAGAAACAUAGGUUCAACCUAAUCUCUUCUGACAUCCAUAAUAAGACGCGCCUCACAAAACAUGAACAGGUGGAUCUGAUGAAGAAUAUCAGUAAGAUCCCGCAGCCAUUUCUCUAUACCAGACAUGUUCACUUCCUGAACUUCACCAGGUUCAGGAUAGAGGAGCCUGUCUAUAUCAACAUAAUCCGGGAUCCCAUAAGCCGGUUCCUCUCCAACUAUUUCUUCCGUCGCUUUGGUGAUUGGAGAGGGGAGCAGAACCACCUCAUACGAACACCAGGGAUGAAAGAUGAUGAGCGUUACCUGGAUAUAAACGUGUGCAUUCUAGAAAAUUAUCCUGAGUGCUCCAAUCCUCGAGUUUUCUACAUCAUCCCCUACUUCUGUGGACAACAUCCUCAGUGCAGAGAGCCUGGUGUGUGGGCUUUGGAGAGGGCCAAGCAGAAUGUACUAGAGAACUACCUCCUUGUUGGGAUCUUGGAGGAGCUGGAGGAUGUUCUGCUCAUGCUGGAGAGGCUCUUACCCCAUUACUUUUCUGGAGUUCUCAACAUUUACAAGAGUCCAGAAUAUCGGAAAAUGGGGAACCUGACCGGCACGGUCCGUAAACAUACUCCUACCCUGGAGGCCCUGCAGGUGCUCUACCACCGCAUGCGGUACGAGUAUGAGUUUUACGACUUCAUCCGUGACCAGUUUCACCUCAUGAAGAAGAAAAUUGGGCUGAGGUCCACCUCCCGUCCUCCAGCCUACCCGCCUGGUUUCCUGCGUGAACUGGCCCUUCGGACACCAGAACCUUUAGACGAAGAUGAGGAGCUGGACUCAGACCUGGAGGAUGCCAACAGCUGGCUGGUCCAUCCCUGAGGACUGUGGAAACAGUGGAUGAAGCCAAAUAAAAGAGUAGGCUGAAACUGGCUAAAGAGGCGGCCAAAGGAAUUGUGACAGUUUUCCCCCACCUUUUGAAUGUUGGCACCUUUAUUUUGGAUAGUUCAGUUUUCAGUCUUCAAGCUCUUAUUAUGAAAGGCCCAGCGCUUUGGACCGGAGCAUCCGAAAGAAACAAAAAUUAUCUAUUUAAAAGCUGGCCAAGGACAGACGGGAAUAAUAAUAAGCUCAAAUUAUUUUGUGAUUUGUUUUUAUUGGGGCUUGUUGGGAGGCUUUUAUGAUCUUAACUGUUGUAAUCUCCAGGAGAGAUUAGCGGACAAUUAAAUGUGUUGGGUAAUACACUAAAUGUGGGAGAGGACUUCAAAGACAUUUUCCGUUUGGGCUUUUCUUUUAUAAAAGUCCUGAUGUUAUAAAAUAAACUGGAUUGGGGAAAUGGAUUACAAAUAUGUGCCAUAAGUAUUAUAUGUAUAUUAGCUGUCCAGGACUGUUACAAGUGCCAAAUCGCGUUCGGAUUUCCAGUAACUGUGACACAGGAAGCUUUAUGAGCACAGGUGGUAGCAGUUACACUAAGUUAAGUCAGUUGUUUAUAACAUUUUAAGCUAUUGUAAAAUGUUAUAAGGUAUGAAUGAGGGUUAACCAUACACAUCUGUUAUGAAUUCAGAGAAUUCCACCUAGAUGUGCAUGAAUCACUGAGUUUGACCUAGCCAACAGAGUGUUUUAGAGUAGAUUUGUUAUUUGCAAAAUAACAGUAUGGCAAAGGGUUAUGAGUCACAUGCUAAAAGCAUUUAGGGAGCCUCAUUUGUAAUCCAAAGGUGAAACGAAAUCGGAGUUUACCAAAUAACAGUGUUCUGCUGUGAUGCUUUUUAAAACUGUAUAAAUAUCCUGCAGGUUUUUGUGAAAUAAUUCUACAUGGACAUCUGCGGCAAAAUGAGGGAUGUAAUCAAAACUGGGCAACAUUUUACCUUUAAUUCCUUCUUGAUUUUGUACUGUCGAAUGAUUUUGCACUUUUCUUGCAAAGUAUGAACAUGUUUGUGCUUUUGUUUAUUCUAAAGAGAUAGUAUUGAAUUUCUAUCCUUGAAAAAGGUUACAAUCAGUUAGUAUCUUGCCCACAGUUAAUGACUCUCUUGCAUCUUCAUUUACAACAGCUCCAAUCGCAAAAUCAUCAAAAAAGUUUAUCGGAACACUGCUUUGGAUACCUUCAAACCAUCCUCAGAUAUGCUUUACAUGGUUAUUUACAAAGGAAAUGAUUUACUUUAUUUAUUUAAACAAGAAAAUGGAGAGAUUCUGCAUCACCAAUGGUCUUCUUGGGUAAACAUGCACUGAGAUCAGAACAUGUUACGUUUCCAGAUAGAGUAACUCAUAAGAAAAAGUAAAUGGAAGUAAAACGCUAAAGUCUGGAGGUGGCUUAAGUUUUUGUUGCUCAAACACGUACCUCAAUUUCACAUAUAAAUAAACCAUAACACCCCAGUGCAAGUUUUUUUUUUUUUUUUUUUUUUUUUUUUUAGAUGUUCAUAAAAUAGUUUUUGCAUAAACCCUUAUGCUGUUUUUGUGACUGGAGGCUAUUGAAGGUUGUAGAAGUCCACUUUAGUCAUUAGGACUAAAGUGGAAUCUAGGACUAGCAGUUAGCUUCAGCCUACUGUACCAGCUAAUCUGGGUUUAUACUAAAUGAAUACACUAAGAGAGUUAUCCACUGCAGGAAAGAUGUUAACUGCUUCAGACCUUUGAACAGAAACCCAUUUAAAAAUUCAGAACUUUAGUACCUAUUUAAAUCAGCAAGCAAAUAACUUUUAAUCAUUUUACAAUAGCUACCGCUAGCAGUAGUGUAAAAUCCACAUACCCAUAAACUAACAACUCAACAACCCUCCUAAUGUCCAUCCCCUGUCCUCUUGUUAUUGUUACAUUUAUGUUUUCGGUAUUUUAUUUCCUAUCAAUUUAAUUUAUUAUAUUGUAAUCAUUUGCUUUCAAGAUAAAAUUCUCAGGAAGGAAAACAGUGUUGAAUACCUUUACCAUCUGUAUCGUGUUUUGUCAAGGGGAUGAAACUGUACAUGCCAUUUCUAUGUCUCCAGGGGGAAACUGAUUAACGGCAAAUACAUUUCAUCAUUCAAGGUCUUUGAAAUAAAUGCCCUCUGACUUUUGCAGCUAA